AUGGCAGGCUUCAGCGGCGACGAAACUGCUCCUUUCUUCGGCUUCCUCGGUGCUGCUGCUGCCCUCGUCUUCUCCUGUAUGGGAGCGGCGUACGGAACGACGAAGAGUGGAGUGGGAGUGGCGUCGAUGGGAGUGAUGAGGCCUGAGCUUGUGAUGAAGUCGAUAGUGCCAGUUGUGAUGGCUGGUGUGCUUGGUAUUUAUGGCCUCAUCAUUGCCGUUAUCAUCAGCACUGGCAUUAACCCUAAGGCUAAGUCUUACUAUCUCUUCGACGGUUACGCCCACCUGUCCUCCGGCCUCGCCUGUGGCCUCGCCGGUCUCUCCGCUGGCAUGGCCAUUGGAAUUGUUGGUGAUGCUGGCGUCAGGGCUAAUGCUCAGCAGCCGAAGUUGUUUGUCGGAAUGAUUCUGAUAUUGAUUUUUGCUGAAGCUCUUGCUCUCUAUGGCCUUAUCGUUGGUAUCAUCCUCUCAUCCAGAGCAGGCCAAUCCCGUGCUGAGUGA